AUGGCUCGAUCAGCCAAAGAUGCCACUCGCUUCACAGCAACCACACCAUAUGCCAGCGCCAAACCUCAGGGCCAAUUUACUCCUGCCCCAGUACACAUGGGCCAUGCCGCACCUUCUGGAGAAACUCCUCAGCAAAAGAUUGCAAGAUUAAGAGCUGCAGCUGCCAGAGCACGAACGGGCAAGGAAUCAAACUUUGAUGCCGUUGUUAGAGUGGGAAGAAAAUGGGCAGACAGAGCACACAGAGUGACUGCCUAUUCACUGAUAGGNCUUGACCGGUAUGCGCUACACAUAAUCCCGAGUUCAUCGAGGAGGCGACAGCAGAACACACAAGAAGAUUUGGAGAUGCUGACAUUGAUCUCAACAGUUGUUUGUGGAGUUACAGCAUCCUUCGCCAUCGGAGACAUGCUCAUGCACAACCGCAAGAAGCGCAACGAAUGGCUCGCCGACCAACAAGCAAAGCACAAAGUCAAGAUCGACGAAGCCCGUGUAGCAUUCAACCAAGGCACUGCCGACGAAGACCAAAUUCUCCUCCUCAACCAAGAACGCACCAAAGUCGAGGCUGCCGAACUCCAAAAGAAACAGCCUGGUAUGAUCAGCCGCAUCUUUUCGUCAGCACCAAAGGAGGAACCGCAGGGAGGUAACUUGGGUGCUGCUGCAAGAGCUGCCGCUGGGGAUGCUGUUUGCGAGGUCAGAGAGACAGCGACGGCUGCGAAAGAGAAGGUUAAGGAUUUGGGAAUUGUCAAGGCCGUGGAAGACAAGGUUGAGGAGCACAAGUGGCAGAAGCCACAAGCUGUUGGUUCAGAGGCUGUGAUUGGAGGACCGUUGGACAGAGAAGCAGCUGCUUCAGUACUGGCAGUGCAAGAAAAGUCAAAGAGCUGGACAAACUGGUUGUUGAGGAGGUGA